UCAUCUCAGGCCAGGCCGGCUCGCCCACCACCCGUGCUGCACUUUGGUGAAGGGCUGUUGCCACGUGAGAGUCUGUGUGGCCAUGUCGGCCCAGAAGCCGUGGGGGUCCUCGAUGCUCCGGGCGUACAUCUCCUCGUAUGACUCCUGCAAUACACACACACACACACACAGAUGGAUGGAUGGAUGGAUGGACAGCAAAAGUGGAGUGGUGUGCGGUCGUUUCUUCCGUGUCUGUGUGUGUCUUGCCGUGGACCCGCACCAGGCUGUCUAUGUGGCGGGCUCUGUCCUGCACACACGCACGACAGACAGACAGACAGACAGACAGACAACCAAUCAUCCCCUCAUGUGCAGCUAGAGUCAGUCACUCCGUAUGUCCCGCUCACGCCACGCACCUGAAUGCUGACGGGAUAUAUCUCAUCGACAGGCAGCGCUUGUUGCGCCGCAGCAAUGGUGUCCACAUGCUCCAUCGAUAAGGAGUCCGAUGAGUCGUCACCCUCACUAUCGUCUUCACCAUCAGCAAAGCCGUCACCCGUGGUAGCCUCGCUCUGCCUUUCGUCCGCCACAAGCGUCAUGCCCCCUGAUGGGCUCAGAUCCACCUCCUCCAUGUGCAGCUGCAGUGGAGGCUUCCGAGCGGCCCUCCUGCUGCCUGCUGCUCGCAUCCUCAUGUUGGGCAGCAGAGGCGUGGGCGUGAAAGCAGCAGCCCAUGCAAGCAGCAGGGCUAGCAGGGGGGCGGCCUGCACCAAGAUCAUGGGGAGAUCUUUUCAGC